AUGGGGCUUUUGAGGCUGUACGAGCUGUGUGCCGAGCCUGUGCUGUUAGAGCUUGCCACAUACUUCAUCUAUGAACGAGAUCAUUGUGACGCCAAUGGGGAGACGUAUUUUGACCACGAAGCCAGAGCCCGUGGCGGAGAUCCUUAUGACCACAUGGGUGGUGAAAUGAAAGGGUGGUUUCGGCAUCCUCGGGACUAUAGUUACAGCCAGUCCCACUGCCCCCUCGUCGAGGCCACCGAGAUCAGGGCCGCGCAGUUCGCGCUAUCAGCGACAGACUUGGUUCGCCUGACGGGAAACGAGAAGAUCAAGGCCGCGCUAGAUCGGAUGUGGACGGACAUGACAGAAACGAAGCUGUACGUGACCGGUGGAAUUGGUGCGAUGCGGCAGUGGGAAGGAUUUGGCGGCAAGUAUGUGCUAGGCGAUACAGAAGAAUCUGGCACAUGUUAUGCAGAGACAUGUGCAUGCUUUGCCCUGAUCCUCUGGUGUCAACGGAUGCUCCAACUCGAACUGGAUGUCAAAUACGCGGACGUCCUGGAGAUUGGCCUGUAUAACGGGUUUCUCGGCGCAACGGCGGGUCUUUCUAUUACGAAAACCCGUUGA